UUACUCUUGAUUUGAUUGCAUUUAUGAACUACUUUCCAGUUUUACCUCUAGUUAUAUGUUCCCAAUCCGGAUAUUCUCUUCCAAUGCUCACUUGUUUGAAAUUCUUGUUUAGGAAUUGAGCAAACUUUUAGAACCAUAUGAGAGGUUUUCUGUUGGUACAAAGGUUCAAGCUGUCUGGAGCGAAGAUGGGGAGUGGUAUGAUGCAACCAUCGAGGGUAGUCGUCACAGGCUUGAGUGGCAGUGGACCAGCAUACAUAUUUCUAGCAAUAGAGGCUAUGGCUGAUGGAGGAGUUGCUGCUGGUCUUUCACAAGAUCUUGCAUUGAAGCUAGCUUCCCAAACAGUUUUGGAAGCAGCUGCUAUGGCUAUCAAUUCAGGAAAGCACCUAGGACAACUUAAAGAUGAUGUCACUCCAAUGGAAGAUACAUAG